AUGUCGGACGCCGCAGCUGGAGUCGUUCCAGAUCCUUUCGCGCCACAAAGUCACGUACUACACUCAGCCUUAAGCCGAAACACACUACAUGGCAGCGACUACGAUCACACUUUGUUUGACAACUUCUUCGCAUCCCCAGCCUUCCGCGCAUGGUCUUCAGGCAGUAGAUCCUGGCAAUUACAUUGCUAUGGAGAGCCUGGAUGCGGCACAACGACUAUGGCCGCUCUCGCCGCCAAUCAUCUACCGUCUAGCAUAAAAGGAGCCAAAACAGCCGUCGCAUCGAUUUCUAUCACUCAACAUGUGUGGUCGACCUCAUUGAAUUUCGUUGAGGACCUGUUCCAGCUCAUAUACACUGAGUUUGGCACUGGGCCCAGUGCAGACUAUGAAGCAUACCAGGAUGCGUGCUACUCCGGUGACCCGGUAAUUGAGCGGAUUCAAAAGCUGAUUGGAGCUUUGAGUGACGUCGCCGCUGGGGCUUGCAAGUUUCUCAUCCUUGAUGGAUACGAUCGCAUCAACGAAGCAUUACAGGCGUCUGUUGAUACACAAUUCUCUGCUUUAGAAUCCAGCGGAUUCAACGUAAUCAUGACUCGGCGAGUUCCAGUCUUCUUUGCAUCUCCCCAUCGACGAUGCGACGGAUGCGGGCAGGACCCCCUUGAUGUUUGGUUCUCAUGUACGACCUGCAAAAUGGUCGAUCUGUGUUAUGGCUGUGAGAAGAACGGACACCUAGGCAGAACCCACAUCUGCCCGGUGGAUAGUCUCAGGGAAACCUACCAGCAUUUCAGCAUCAAGUUAGGUUAUUUUAACAUCGAGCGUCUGCUUGGAAAGAAACUGAGUAUGCACUAUCCCAAUAUCCAACCAGAGGAUGCGGAUCGGAUUGUCGACUAUAUCGAGUCGAAAGCCGCUGGCAACAUAACAUUCGCAUUAUUGUAUUUGGAAGAUAUCUUUACCCAGGACAAGAUCUCCACUUUCAGCGUGGAUCGAGUCGGCGACAGGCUACCCAGGGAUAUCAUCGCUUAUUUCGACACCGAAAUGAAGUUUAUCGAACGUAAACCGAAACCUCAGCGCUUGCCACCAUUACUUGCGAUCGCUGCUGCUGUAGACCAUCAGGAUGGAAUUCCAUUCAAAGAACUAGAACACUGUAUACGCCUCGCGCAGAACACUUGUUCGAAUCUAGACUACCCCAGAUCUGUUCAAGAUGUCUUUAUUGCAGGAAACGGAUGCCUAAUUGACCCGCUCACUGAUGACCAACGGCUGGAUAUUUGUUGCAAACCCGCGUUUCCUCUGUAUGUGAAAGAGAAGUACAAUAAUUCAUUAGAAUGGGCAAGACGUCAAGUCCAUUCUAGCGCAAAGGGAAGACGUGGUGCUGUUACACCACAGCAGUUCGAAGAGAUAUCCUCACCGGUCGAAACACCUGGUCUUUUAGGAAGCACAUUCGACACGUUAGCAAGCGAAAGGCCUCCUCCAACUCCAUUGAUGAGCUUCGAAGAUGGUCUCCGCAUCCGUGAACUCGAUGGUACAUUCGAUCGGGCGAUAUUCCUCAGUAAGGACGAAAAACCGGUCCAAUCGCCACCUAGGCUCGACAGCACCGAGUAUGUACCUAGCAUGGCUCAGGGUAUCAUUCCGGUCCACAAGCCUGAAAGAAAAGUCACGCAACCGGACACGGUAUCAACCCAGCCCCAGAUACAAGUGUGCGAGUUUUGUGUCAGGAAUGUAUUAGAGUCCGGUGCGUCCUCCGGUCAGCAUCGUCUUUCAAUGGAUGAUCUGAGUUCUGUCAUGAACCAAUGCACGUUUUGUACCUCGCUCUACGGUAUUAUGAGAAAUCCUCUGCCCAACACUGUAAACUGGCCAUUGUAUCAUUGGACCCUUCGAGCACUGCCACGCGGCAGAGAGUUAAGAGGAUCGAUGAUGUUACGUUUUUGGUCUUCUCAUCCGACAAUCACAACCAAGUCUUUCCGAUUCCUGCCGGGAAACGAUCUGGAUGUGCCUGGGUCCGAGCAUUUACCAGGAACAACAGAUCUAGACCUUAGUGGCGGUACUCAAGUUAACAAAUGGAUGGAAACUUGCAUGCGCGAUCAUCAAGGCUGCAGUAAAGCCUGGCACGCCCAGCGAUCCAAACCUUUCUUUCUUCCAACACGACUUCUGGAUGUCGACACUGGAGAUGACAAUGUUAUCCGCUUAGUAGAUACCCAGAUAACCAAGGCCAAGGGACCUUACUGCACGUUGAGUCACGCGUGGGGACCACGAGAGAAGCCGUUUCUUACUACUACUGUGUGGAAUAUGGCAAAGCAUUUGAUCACAGGUAUUUUCCUAGCCGAGCUUCCACUUAACUUCCAGCACGCAAUACGAGUGACUCGUUUCUUGAAGGUGCGGUAUAUCUGGAUCGAUAGUCUCGCUAUCGUGCAAGAACCUUUUGGUGAUUUUGCCAGAGAAGCCAAUCUCAUGCACAAGGUUUACCGGUACUCGCAUUGUAACAUUGUCGCAGCGGACUCAGAGGAUGCAUACGGCGGCCUCUUCAGGGACCGUACACCUCAUGAGAUCCUUCCGGUCAAAUAUCAUGGUACUAAUGCAUCUCAUGAUUUGGGGACGAAAACUUGGACGAUUGUCCCAGCGGACCUUUGGGAAAAGGAACUUCUUAACUCCAUCAUAUAUUAUCGUGCGUGGGUGUUUCAAGAACGUAUUCUCUCUCCUCGCAUCCUUCACUUCACAAAACAUCAAAUCUUUUGGGACUGCGGUACGCUCUCUGCCUGUGAGGUGUUCCCAAAUGGCCUUCCCUUCCCUCUCGAUCACAAAGCAAGCAUAGAUCGACAUUGGAGAGGACGGCUAGUCGGAAGUACUGUCCCAUCCAACGCUUUGACUGGUGUUAACGAUAAUGAAAGCUCUUACACUUUCUGGAUGUCCGCGGUACAGAACUACACGGAAUGCAAUCUGACUAGUCAGGGUGACAAAACCAUCGCAAUCUGGAGUAUCGCGAAGUUGCUGCGCGACGUAAUGAGAGAGCAAUACGCCGUGGGCAUGUGGUCUAAAGCGCUCGAGGAGCAAAUGGCCUGGAGAGUACGAGAAACUCAAAAAUGUGAGAACAUGCCAGAGCUCGAUGCCAGUAUUCCUAGCUGGUCAUGGGCAAGUGUAAAAGGCUCUAUUGUGCCUCAAUACCGGCUGGACCUGCGAUCAUAUACAGUCACGGAUCACGACGGGGCUAUGGUCAAAUUCACAGUCGACGAGGAAACUAGGGAAGGUGAUAAGGAGCCUAAAUUAGAGAGGAAAGCGUUGGAACUGAGGACUCGCAUCAGCUUUGGUCGGCUAACAAGUGUGGAAGAGGACGUUUAUCGUCUCCAAGUCUUGGGCGAAGCCUCCAGCGGCCCCAUCGAAAUGGACGCCUUUCCCGAUGCUCCACUUUCAACUACAGCAAUCGACCCGCAACAAUGCGCAUUCAUGAUCCUUGCCGCAUCGGUCACUUCAAAAAACAUCAGUGGCCUCCAAUUAGGCCUACCUUCUUCUUCCGAAGCAUGUCAGACGUACUCCGGGAUAGGUCUUCUCCUCGUCACGCACUCUGCCUGGUUCUCCAACCAGGAAAAACUGCACCAUGAAUACAAAAGCGCGCUAUCAGGCUUGAAGCCAUCUCGAGAACAAGAAUGGCGCCUAGAUGCCUUCGCGAAACUCAUGUCCCAGCAGUCAGAAAGGAUUAUGAAUAUGAAGGGGAACAUUGCAAGCGUAUAUCGGCGGAUCGGAGCGUUACAGUUUCGCGAUAUAGACGAGCAAGCCUUCAAAUCCUUGACAAACGACCAGAACCUGGACAAUAUUUGGUUAGAGUGA